AUGUUACCUUGUACACCAGUUGCAGACAACCAAAUCACUAACAUCCAUCCAGGCAGCAGCUUUUGGGGUGGCAUGGGCCCAUCAAAAGGCUUGCUUCCUUCGCCCUUACAGCACACCAUGGUGAAACAGCUCCUUGAAGCAUGCAAGCGCAUCCUGGGUAUGUGUCCUAAAAACAGAAAAACCCCACUCACAGCAGCCCAGGUCAAGGAAUUGGUGCUCCAGUUUGGUGGGGGAAAUCCUGGCGAGCUUCAGAUAGUAUGUCUCAUUGCCCUGGGUUUCACAGCAUUCCUUCGUUGGGACGACCUCAAGGACCUGAGAUGCCAUAAUCUGCAUAUGACAAGUGACCACAUGUCCAUUGCAGUAACCACAAGGAGAAACAACCAAUUCAGAGAGGGUUCUGUCAUCUCGGUGGCUCGUACAGGUUCUCAUGUAUGCCCUGUAUCCUUGCCCAAAAGAUUUUUACUUGUUGGCCAACAUAAGGAAUCUGACCAUCUUUUUAGGAAGAUUUGCCACACCAAACAUGCGAUCUCCUUUCAUCCGCAACAGUUGACUUACUCAAGGGCCACCGAGCUGUUUAAGAAGCAACCCAAAGUCAUCGGGCUUGACCCUAAGCAACAUGGCCUACACAGUCUCAGGUCAGGCAGAGCAUCCUCUGCAGCAGCUGCCGCCAUCCCAGAUAGGCUCCUGAUGCGUCAGGGGGGCUGGCGGUCACAGAAAGCUAAGAGCAUGUACAUUAAAGAAACUGAAAAAGUCCUUCUGAGGAUUUCUAGAGCUCUGUUUGUAAAGAGGAACGGUUAUGUCGCUAGUCCUGUGAUAUAUUAG